AAGAAGAUUUAUAGAAGAAGCAAAGUAGCAUUUACAAGACUUGUGGGUGGUAAAAGGAAAAACCAAUAAAUUUCUUUUCUCUGUAAAUUCGUUUUAAUUCUCUUUUCCUUAUCCAGUCCAUCUCUCCACAACAACAACAACAAUGGCGUCUUCUUCUUCUUCUUCAUUAUUACUCCCAUCUCUUACUUCCAUAUUCUCUUCACCUAAACUUCCAUUGCCCUUUUUCACCAAAAGGGUGUCCAAUUCUUCCCAAAUCUUGAAAGCCCAAACUCUACAAUUCUCUGGCUCGUUUUUCGAGGGUGGAUUUGGAGGAGGAAGCAAUGAUGAGCCACCAACUACACCAUGGUCAGGUAUUACAGCAGUUGAAGAUAAAGAGGAACCGCAGUGUCCACCUGGGUUACGACCUUAUGAAACUAUGAUGGUUUUGAGACCUGAUAUGUCUGAAGAUGAAAGACUUGCUCUUACUCAGAGAUAUGAAGAGUUGCUGGUUGCUGGUGGUGGGAUGUACGUCGAGGUCUUCAACCGAGGGGUUAUUCCACUUGCAUACAGCAUUAGGAGAAAAAACAAAGCUGGAGAGACGAAUACAUACUUGGACGGGAUUUACCUCUUGUUCACUUAUUUUACUAAACCUGAAUCCAUUAGAGACCUCGAGGCAACGCUGAUAGCUGAUGAUGAUGUUAUCCGAUCGUCCACUUUCAAGAUCAGGAAGAGGAAAUACUAGUUUGGUUAGUUAGUUUAAUUCGUAUCUGUUCAGCUGUAAAAGACGAUAACAGAGAGGAGGCAAGUUUUCCUCAUCGCGCCUUUUCAUAUCUUCAAGUCAUUACACUUUUUGCAAAGUAAAACAGUAUCAAUUUGUAAUAUUCUUUUAUAUUACUGAGAGUUGUCAUUACAUUCUGCUUUAGUAUUAUCCAAUUUGGCUCUUAAAUAUAUAAUAGUAGCAUUAUUGAGCA